GUUGACCCGUAGCUGUUCACCUCACCAGCGAGGCUGACAAGACUGCAUGAUUGUCACUGUCCCCAAGGCUACAUGGACACCCUUCCUGAGAGCGCAUAACCAGUAUCCUCGGGGGAGCAGUGGAGCCAACUUCUGGACUGACUAAUCAUGACUUCUAUAAAGGAGCAGGCAGCAAUUAGCCGCCUCUUGAGUUUCUUACAAGACUGGGACAAUGCUGGCAAAGCUGCAAGAGGUGUCAUCCUCAACAAUUUCAUUGAAGCCAACCAAGGCAAGACUGCCCCAGAACUGGAGCAGGAGUUUUCCCAGGGAGCCAGCUUGUUCCUGGUGCGCCUGACUACCUGGCUUAGACUCAGCUAUAUGACUGGUUCAUGUUUAGACAAGCUUCUACAGUCCAUUGGCAUCUUCUUAUCAGCUGUCAGCAGUAAUCGGUACCUUUUAGAAUUUCUUGAGGUUGGCGGUGUCCUGACACUCUUGGAAAUACUUGGACUGGAGAAGAUCAAAGAAGAAGACAAGAAGGAAUCCAUCAAACUACUUCAGGUUAUUGCAAACUCUGGCAGGAAGUACAAAGAGCUCAUUUGUGAAAGCUAUGGUGUACGAUCCAUUGCAGAAUUUUUGGCAAAGUCUAAGUCAGAAGAGACCCAGGAAGAAGUACAGGUUCUGUUGGAUUCUUUGAUUCACGGUAAUCCCAAGUACCAGAAUCAAGUGUACAAAGGUCUAAUAGCUUUACUGCCCUGCACGUCCCCGAAAGCUCAGCAGCUGUCCCUGCAGACUCUCAGGACUGCCCAGUCAAUCGUUGGAACCACACACCCUACCAUCGUGGAGUGUGUGCUGAAGGUGCUGAGCACGAUGCACCUGGAAGUCCAGUAUGAAGCCAUCAGAUUGAUCAAGGACCUGGCUAAUUACGACGUAUGCCCAGCCCUGCUCCAGGGCCUCGUAAAGCUGCUGAUCCCAUCUGUUGAGGAGACCAGAGAACUGGAGUCCAAGAUCCUCAGCGGUAAGAGUUGUCUCAGAUGUGUCAGUUCUCCAGCUCACCUCCCAGCUGCCAGUGUUCUUGCAGCAGGCCGCAGCCGCCAAAGCCAUCAGCCCCUGCUUCCCCGGUCCAGGAUCCUGGCUACCCACAACAUGUGCCUGGCAGAGGAUAUGCUGCACCUGGGGGUGGUGCACAGCCUGAUGGUUGCCAUGGGAAACAUGGACCACAGCAACAGCCAGAGGCAGGCCAGCCUCACACUGGAGUUCUUUGUGCAGACAUUCCCGGUGGUGGAGGAGCACGUGAGCAAGGCCAUGGGGCAGGAGCUCUACUCACUCUUCAUGAGCAACGCUGAGGACUUGUACUUGAAAAUGGAUGCCAUUCAGGCUGACAUCCUGGUGGCCAACAAAGUCAAUGUUGCCAAAGUCAUCCACCUCAGUGGCCUCUCCUACAACCAGAAGUUUCACCUGGGCUCUCUGGAUGAGGACCCUCUGGCCUACAUCAACCGCUUCCAGGAGGACGUGGAAGGAAAGAACUAAAGGCACCACGGGGAGCCUGGGACACCACUGAGUAUGCAGGGACACCCAGCAAGAAGGGGGCCUGAGGCUGAGCUCAGGGCAGCUGCUGGGCCCCAGACGGAAGUUAGACACAAGGGGUAACUGGGAAAAGUUCAAUAAACAGCCUUGUUCUCUGCCUAC